AUGUCUAUUAUUUCACUUACUAAUGGAGGUAACAAACAUUACCAAUCUCUCUCUAUAUUGGUAAGUUCACAACUAUAUCGGCCUGUUCCUAUCUAUCUAUCUAUCUAUCUAUCUAUCUAUCUAUCUAUCUAUCUAUCUAUUUUUGUUUUAUUUAUUUCUUUCAUUCAUCCUAUCUAUCUAUCCCUCUCUCAAUCUAUCCUAUCUAUCUCCUAUCUAUCUAUCUAUCUAUCUAUCUCUAUCUAUCUAUUUAUUCAAUCUGAUCCUACCUAUCUAUAUCUCAUCCUGUUCAUCUAUCUAUCUAUCUAUUUAUCUAUCUAUCUCAGUCUGUUCUCAUCUCUCUCUCUCUCUCUCUCUCUCUCUCUCUCUCAAUCUGAUCCGAUCUGUCUCCAUAGUUGGUUUCUUUCUUUCUUUCUUUCUUUCUUUCUUUCUUUCUUUCUUUCUUUCUUCUCAGGCUUUUUCAGUUUGUUCCCCUCUCUCUAUUUCAGUCUGUUCCCCUCUCAAAUCUUAGUCAGUUUCUCUCUCUCUCUCUCUAUCUAUCUAUCUAUCUCAGUCUGUUCCUCUCUCUUUCUUUCUAUCUACAUAUUUCAGUCUGUUUCCCCUCUCUCUAUCUAUCUAUAUCCUGUUCAUAUCUAUCUAUCUAUCUAUCUAUCUAUCUAUCUAUCUAUCUAUUAUGCUACCGAUUUAUCAGUCGGAUUGUUUCUUUCUAUCUAUCUAUCUAUCUAUCUAUCUAUCUUUGACAUUCACUUGAUAUCUAUCUAUCUGUCGAUUAAUCGAUCAAUCGAUCUAUUAUAUUCAAGUGUCAUUCUCUAUUUAUUUCUACAAACGAUUUCUCACUUUAACGUAACACAGACUUUCACGUGCUAA